AAUUUUUUCCCCCUCUUGCAAUACUUCAGUUCUUUUGCAGUUGUAUGUGGCACUGUUUUGACUCCAUAGAGUCGCUGCUUCCAAAAAAACGAAACUUGCAUCAAAGUUUCGUUUGCAGCUGUUCUGUCAUAAGAGGAAGACUUCGACACAACACAGGUGUUCCAACAAAACAUGGCGGAUGAUCGCGACGAUCUCAGGUGUUCCGUCUGUCUGGAUGUCUUCAGGAACCCAGUCAUUAUUCCCUGUGGGCACAGUUUCUGUAAGGACUGCAUUACAGGUUUGUGGGAUCAGGAUGUGUGCAGAUGCCCUCAGUGCAAACAAACCUUUUCCAACAAACCUGUUGUCACUGACUGGCUGCAGAUGAAGGAGCUUUCUGAGAAACUGAUGAAGAUGAGACCAAAGGCUGAGGAUGAUGAAGAUGCUGAAGCCCAUGAAGUCAGCUGUGAUUCCUGCACCUCCAGAAGAACCAACGCCGUGCAAUCCUGCCUCACCUGUGUCUCCUCAUUCUGCAGAAAUCACCUGGAGAAGCACAAUGAUCUCUUCGGAUGGAAGAAACACCUGCUGACCGAAGCCACGGAUCUUCAGAGCAGAACCUGCUCUCUCCAUGACAAACUGAUGGAUGUCUUCUGUCGCACUGAUCAGAAGUGUGUCUGUCUGCUGUGUGCUAUACAAGAACACAAGAACCACGACAGCGUCUCAGCAUCCGAGGAAAGAGCAGACAGACAGACGAAGUUAAUGGAAACACGUGAGAAGUUUCUGCAGAACAUUCGAGACCGAGAGAAGGAUUUAAAAGAGCUAAAGCAGGCAGAAGCGUCCGUCACGUGUUCAGCGCAGACGGCAGUCUCUGAAAGCGAGCGGAUCUUCAGUGAAGUGCUGUGCUCCGUUCAGAAAACAAGCGUCCGCGUGAAAGAACUGAUCACAGAGCGACAGAGAGAUGAACUCAGUCGUAUUGACGGACUUCAGGAGAAAGUCCAGCAGAAGAUCUCUGACCUCAGGAUGAAGGUGUCUGAGCUCGACCAGUUCUUGACCACUGAAGACCACAUUCACUUCCUGCAGAAUUACCCAGAAUGCACGUCUGAAGAAUUUGAAGAUCUUUCCAACAUUUCUGAAAAUCCAAAAGCCUUUUUUUGCAACGUGGAGCUGCUGCUUUCUAAAAUGCAAGAGCGUUUGCUGGAUGGCACCAAAGACACCGAGACCAAGAUCAAAUCUGGAGAAGUUGUGCCUCCUAAAGCCGAUGCACCUGUCUCAUCAUCGUUUAUAGAUUUUGCCAAAAAAGAAAAUGAUCCUGCAUUGAAUUUUGGUUUUGGUAUUUCUCCCAAACAACCUGCUACAACAGGAUUUGGAGGCUCUCUAUAUGGAGGUUUUAAUCCGAGUAAGGAUAAAGCAUCUUUGAUCUUCGGUGCUCCUCCUACUCGCACCUCUGGUGGAUUCACGUUUGCCAGCAGCUCUUAAUCUGUUCUCAAAUAUGAUUGAAAGACAGAAUGGCUCUUACUGUCUGUGUCUGUAAUUCUCCUCUGAUUUGCCUCCCUUCAUUAAGAAUCACCUCUGAUAACAUAAGUGUGUUUGCUCUCACCUGUGAUUGUGAAACUGCUUUCAGCUGCCAGUCAGAAACAGAGCUGACCGUUUGAGUAAAUGUUGUGUAAUAAGGUUUAUCGCUCAGUGUUAUAGGAGGUAUAAUUGUUGCUUUGCGUGCAGAGGUGUGUGAACCCAGAGAAUAAACGCUGAAGACUGUGAACUCAUCUCCUGUGUUU